AUGAGGCGAUUAACUGAAGAUAGAACAAAAUUAGUUUUUGAAAAACUAGCAAAAUAUAUUGGAGAUAAUGUUAAAAUUUUAGUGGACCGGCCAGACGGAAUUUAUUGCUUCAGAGAAAAAAAAGGCCGCGUUUAUUAUGUCUCGGAAAAAAUAUUAGCACUCGCUGCGACUGUUGCACCUGAUAACCUUGUGAGUUUUGGAACUUGCAUUGGUAAAUUCACGAAAUCAGGAAAAUUUAUGCUCCAUAUUACCGCGUUGCAUUAUUUAGCUCCUUAUGCACAGCACAAAAUUUGGUUGAAACCAGCAGCAGAGCAGCAGUUCCUGUACGGUCAUAAUAUUACAAAAGGUGGCUUGGGAAAAAUAACUGAAAAUACUCCUCAUCAUCAGGGAGUUGUUAUAUAUUCUAUGAAUGAUGUACCUUUGGGUUUUGGUGUGACUUCUAAAAGUAGCAAUGAAAUUAGCAACGCUGAUCCUAUUUCUAUUGUGUGCUAUCACCAGUCGGAUAUUGGGGAAUAUAUUCGUUCUGAAGACAAUUUAUUAUAA